AUGAGUGUAACCAGUAAUUGUGUCAGUCGCUCGACGUGCAACAGCAAGGGUAGUAUGAUUGUUGUUUCGAAUCGCCUGCCCUUUGUGUUAAAAAGAAAUGAGAAAACCGGUGAAUUAGAGAGAAAAGCCAGCGCCGGCGGUCUUGUGACCGCUGUGGCGCCGGUUGUGAUCCGCGGGAAAGGCAUAUGGGUGGGCUGGCCGGGCAUCCAUCUUGACAACCCCAACGAGAAGAUACCGGAGUCCGAUCCUAAUGACAAGACGCCCACCGCUGGAUUGCUGUCCAGUAAGAUCGUUGCCAUCCAUGCGGAGCCAAAACUCUUUGACAGCUACUACAAUGGAUGCUGCAAUGGCACGUUCUGGCCGCUGUUCCAUUCGAUGCCGGAUCGUGCGACGUUCAUCGGUGAUAACUGGAAGGCGUACAUCAAGAUCAACGAGGAAUUCGCGGACAAGACGGUGCAUGCGCUACAUCUGCUGCAGCAGGAGAGCAAGGACAAGCCCUGCUCGCCCCCCAUCGUCUGGGUGCAUGACUACCACCUCAUGCUUGCCGCUAACUGGAUUAGACAGCGCGUCGAAGAAGAUGAAUUAAAAUGCAAGCUUGCCUUCUUCCUCCACAUACCAUUCCCGCCGUGGGACAUAUUCCGUCUGUUCCCUUGGUCCGACGAGGUCUUGCAAGGCAUACUAGGAUGCGACAUGGUCGGUUUUCACAUAACCGACUACUGCUUAAACUUCAUUGACUGUUGCCAACGAAACUUGGGUUGUCGUGUGGACAGAAAGAACCUGCUGGUCGAGCUCGGCGGACGGACCAUCUGCGUGAGGCCGCUGCCCAUCGGCGUGCCCUUCGACAGGUUCGUUCAACUGGCCCAGAACGCCAAGCCCGUCCUGUCCACCAGUCAGAAAGUCAUCCUCGGAGUCGACAGACUGGAUUACACCAAGGGUCUGGUUCAUCGGCUGAAAGCAUUUGAACGACUGCUGGAGAAACAUCCGGAACACAUCGAGAAGGUCGUCCUGCUUCAAAUCUCGGUGCCGUCGAGAACCGACGUCAAGGAGUACCAGGAUCUCAAGGAGGAGAUGGAUCAAUUAGUCGGCAGGAUUAAUGGAAGAUUCACCACUCCCAAUUGGUCUCCGAUCAGGUAUAUCUACGGAUGCGUGGGUCAGGACGAGCUGGCGGCGUUCUACCGAGACGCGGCGGUGGCGCUGGUGACUCCGCUGCGCGAUGGCAUGAACCUGGUGGCGAAGGAGUUCGUGGCGUGUCAGAUCAACAAGCCGCCCGGCGUGCUCAUCGUGUCGCCGUUCGCGGGCGCCGGCGAAAUGAUGCAUGAGGCGCUCAUCUGCAACCCUUACGAGCUGGACGAUGCCGCUGAAGUCAUACACAGAGCGCUAAUAAUGCCGGAGGAUGAGCGGAUAGUUCGCAUGAACCACUUGCGGCGGCGCGAGCAGCUGAACGACGUGGACUCGUGGAUGAAGAACUUCCUCAAGGCCAUGGAUUCACUGGAGGAGGAGGCCGACGACAUCGGCGCUACCUCCAUGCAGCCCGUCACCAUCGACGACUUCGACGAGUAUCUCUCCAAAUACAUCGGGUACACGCAGAAGCUGGCGCUGCUGCUGGACUACGACGGCACGCUGGCGCCUAUCGCACCCCACCCCGACCUCGCCACGCUGCCGCUGGAGACCAAGCACACGCUGCAGCGCCUCUCAAACAUGUCCGACGUCUACAUCGCCAUCAUCUCCGGACGUAACGUCAACAACGUCAAGGAUAUGGUGGGGAUAGAAGGGAUAACGUACGCCGGUAACCACGGCCUCGAGAUUCUGCAUCCCGACGGCAGCAAGUUUGUUCAUCCUAUGCCCAUGGAGCUGCAGGACAAAGUGGUCGAACUGCUCAAGUCGCUGCAAGAACAGGUGUGCAAGGACGGUGCGUGGGUGGAGAACAAGGGGGCGCUGCUGACGUUCCACUUCCGCGAGACUCCGGCUGCGAAGCGCGCGGCGCUCGCCGAGCAAGCGCGCCGGCUCAUCACCGCGGCCGGGUUCACGCCCGCGCCCGCACACUGCGCGCUCGAGGCCCGCCCCCCCGUGCAGUGGAACAAGGGGCGCGCCUCUAUCUACAUUCUGAGAACGGCCUUCGGAUUGGAUUGGAGCGAGAGGAUCAGGAUUAUCUACGCCGGCGAUGACGUCACCGACGAAGACGCUAUGCUGGCACUGAAAGGUAUGGCUGCGACGUUCCGUAUUGCGUCAUCGCACAUAACGAAGACCUCGGCGGAGCGGCGGCUGUCGUCCACGGACUCUGUGCUCGCGAUGCUUAAAUGGGUCGAGCGGCACUUCUCGCGCCGCAAGCCGCGCGCCAACUCCCUUACCUAUAAGAGUGCGAGGAAAGCCCGCGAUACUAUACAGAUGCACAUGUCCUACCAACCCCCGACCAAAACCUCCCCCAAGCCCUCCCCGCCGAGAACACCCGACAAAGCAUCCAGCGGCUCCGAGUCCAGUUAGACUCACUGGUUCAAUGGCGGAAUGAGCGUUUACUAAAAAACAACGUUUGUCUAUGCUCCCCGCUAGUUGGCGCCAUUUUCGUUCCUGUCAAACAUUGACUGUUUGCUUUCGGUGUUUAGAUUUAGACUGGUAUCGACUGAGAAUGUUUAUUUUUAAGCAAUUUAUGAUCACAUUUUAUUUUUUAUGUCAGGUCGUAGCAAACUAUUGAAUCAUAAAUAUUUAACCUACGAACUAAACCUCUCCUUUUUCAUUCCUAUUAAAAAUGUAGCAUUAGAUUAAAACUAUGAUAAAUUACAAUUUAUUAAUUUAUUCUUUGGCGCAAGAGCUACGACCAACCAAAGGAGUUGUAGAUCUUAGAAGCAAAACUUGUUCUCACGCACACUUUUGUCAAUUUUAAUUUAUUACUAGACAUUUUGACUACCUGAAAAAUGAUGUUUUCUUCAAACAAUUUUAUAAAUAUAUUUCUUUGCUACAUUGAUAUUACCUUUUAUAUAGACCCUAUAGGUUAUAUUUAUGAAAUCUUUUAAAUUAAAGAAACCAAAUAUGUCGUCAAUUAAGUCAAGUAUGUGAAAUACCUUUUUUUAAAUCAAAAACUUACCAAAUUGAUCCCUAGGAUAUGGACAUUUAUUCACAAGUAUUUGGAAUACUGUGAGUGAGAUAAAUAUAAUUUUGAACACUCAUAAAAUAAUUAUUAUCAAUAUUUGGAAGGGUCUAUUAUACAUGUAUACUUCUUGUUUACUGUUUUAUAUCCACUAUUUAUAUGAACUUUGUCAUUUAUUGUCAAAAUUGUCCAUUCUUUCAUUCUUAACUACUUUUGAGGUAUAUACUGUCAAAAAAUAAACUGGUUAAAAGUUAAAUUUAAAUGAUAAAUGUGCAUUUCCAUUGAUUGUUAGUAUUUUACAAAAUAAACAUAGGUUGCUAUAGUUUUCGAGAUUUGUAAUAUACUCAUAAAAUGCUUUUUCUCGAGUUUAAUUUGUUCUAAACAAUAUGUAUGUUAUUAGGAUUAUAAUUUUAUUUAUGUGAUAUGUAGUGAUCUUUUUUAAUUUAUGUAAGAACUCUGUACAGAUUAAAAAUAAUUAGUUCCCAAUAUGUUUAAUUCGAUACCAAAAAAUAAAAUUAAAAUUCCAAAGUAGAUUAACAAAUGUAUAUUCUAUUUGUUGUGACUUUUGAUUUGUAUUCACAAUAAUUCAAUUUAAUAGUCUGUGAAAAGAUCGCACGAUACGAUUGUCUAUGGUUCUCGUUCUGGUCCACAGCUCGGCCAUUGUCACAUCUCAUCCCAAAAUGUACUGAAAGUCUCGAAUUUUCAUAAGCUAUGUAUUUUUAGACACAUAUAUGUUUUUGUAAGGUAUUCAAUAAAAUACUACAGACAGUAAA